GCGAGUCUCGCCGUCCGCGAGAGCCUAGAGCAGUGCAAAAUAAGCCUCGGCCAACGAACGAACCCAAUUACGGCGGUUUUGUGUGGAACCUUCUUAUGCUGCGAAGUAUGGAGGUGUAAGAAGUGUUACCCACUAGUCAUUUGGUUCCAACAGUAAAUCCUUGAUCAUGAAAAUGGUUUUGUCACAGCGUCAAAGAGAGGAACUUAAUAAGGCCAUAGCUGACUACUUGUGCAGCAAUGGCUACAUGGAUGCCUUGGAAGCCUUCAAGGCCGAAGCAGACAUGCCUGGGGAGAUCGAACGGAAAUAUGCUGGUCUCUUGGAAAAGAAGUGGACCUCAGUCAUCAGGCUCCAGAAAAAGGUUAUGGAACUUGAGGUAAAGUUAAAUGAAGCAGAGCGUGAAUAUAUUGCUGGCGCACCUACUCGAGACAAGCGAUCUCCUGCAGAAUGGAUUCCAAGACCUCCAGAGAAGUAUUGCCUCUCUGGGCACAGGGCACCAGUUACUAGGGUAAUUUUCCACCCUUUGUAUUCUGUGAUGGUAUCUUCAAGCGAGGAUGGAACUAUUAAAGUUUGGGAUUAUGAGACCGGAGACUAUGAAAAGACAUUAAAAGGUCACACUGACAGUGUUCAAGAUAUUGCUUUUGAUCACACUGGCAAAUUCCUUGUCUCCUGUAGCGCUGAUAUGUCAAUCAAGCUGUGGGACUUCACAUCUUACGAGUGUGUCAAGACGAUGCAUGGCCACGACCACAAUGUAUCCUCAGUCACCUUCAUGCCCUCUGGAGACUACCUCCUCAGUUCCUCCAGAGACAAGACCAUCAAGAUGUGGGAGGUUGCUACAGGAUAUUGCGUGAAGACUUUCACAGGCCACCGGGAGUGGGUGAGGAUGGUACGGGUGUGUAGUGAUGGCUCCCUUAUUGCUUCCUGCUCCAAUGACCAGACAGUGCGCGUGUGGCUAACAGCAACAAAGGAGUGUAAAGCUGAACUCCGAGAACACGACCAUGUGGUUGAGUGCAUUGCGUGGUGUGAGGGCAGUGCGUGCACUUCUGUUAAUGAAGCUGUCGCAACAGAUAACCGUAAACCUAAUUAUAAGGGCCCAUUCUUGAUUUCAGGGUCAAGAGAUAAAACAAUUAAGAUAUGGGAUGUUGGCGUAGGACUUUGCCUCUUCACUCUGGUUGGUCAUGACAACUGGGUGCGCGGUCUCCUGGUGCACCCAGGAGGGAAGUAUAUUCUCUCAGCCUCAGAUGACAAAACUGUACGCAUGUGGGACAUAAAGAACAAACGAUGCCAAAAAACUCUGGAUGCUCACUCCCAUUUCUGUACAUCAUUAGAUAUGCACCGGAGUGCCCCUUAUGUGAUCACGGGCAGUGUGGACCAGACGAUCAAGGUGUGGGAGUGCCGCUAAUGAUGGAAUUGAAGGAGCCAUCCCCACCUCCCCCUCC